UAAAAGUGAAAUUAUAUAUUUUAGCUAAAGUUUAUAUUAUUUUACAUUUUUAAUUCGCUAAAAUUAUAAACUUUCCCAACAGCUGUUGAAACGAGUCUCGUACACAUAGUCAACAUAGUGCAAAUGUCAAAAACGAAGUAUGUCGAAAGCUGUCAAAUUGUGUAUAUGGAAAGAUUUUAAAUCCAAUUGUAUACUAAUAAAUUAUAAUGAAAAAGUGUUAAAUUAAAGUAAAUGUAUCAAGCAAAAUUAAACCUAACAACAAUAAUAAUAAUAUAAUUGUACAUACGCUUUUGUGUGAGGUACCGUUACGGUCAAAGCAGUAGUGAUGGGCAAUGAUACCAGCCGUCUAAAGGGAUUAGUGAUUGAUAAGAAUUCUGUGGAAGCAAACGACUUCUGGACACUAUACAAUGCUGAAUCACCAACUACUUCAAAUGAGGAUGGGCGACAACUACUUUCCAUAUUUCAAGGUGAAGCCGUAGUAAAUGGACAAUUAUGGGUGAUACAAGUGCCAUUAGAACGCGCUAUAAAGAAUUUAAUGAUAUAUCGCCAUCCAUAUAUAUUGAAAUAUGUAACUACUUGGGAACAAGGUGGCCAAAAGCAUUUAGCUACAGAAAGAGUACGUCCUCUAAGUAUGGUAUUAUCCACACAAAACAGUUUACAAGUUUGUCUUGGAUUACAAACAAUUCUCUGCAGUUUGAUCUUCUUGGUUGAGAAGGCUAUGGGACGCCACCUUAACAUUUGUAUCUCAUCGAUUUACGUCACAGACGAUGGUAGCUGGCGGUUAGCUGGCUUUGAAUAUGUGUGGAAGCAUAAAGAGAUUACAAAAUCGUUACUAGAUUUAGUAAAGACAUAUCGCUAUUCCGUUGCAGUCGACACCAAUGAAGGUAAAGACAAUAGUAGUGAUGCUAUUGAACAGUUUGCCUUUGCAACACUAUGUGAAGAGGUAUUGAAUAAAUGCAGCAAAAAGGAGACCACUGAGACACCACACGCGCAAGAGUUUCGUGAAUAUUGCGCCACCCACCUCAAACACAGUAAUGCCCAACUGCGACCACGUCUGUCGGCAGUGCUAUUACAUCCAUAUUUCAAUCACGAAUUCGUACUUAUACAUUCCUUCCUAUUCGAAUUGCCUUUGAAAAGUAUGCAAGAGAAGCAGGAUUUUUUUACCGGUCUCAUCGAUCGUUUGCGCUAUUUCAAAGAGGAAGUUGUGGGUGCGCAAUUAGCUGCGGAUCUACUUUCACGUAUGGUGUUGCUGGACCCCACAGCACAGUUGUGUGUUACACCGUAUGUGUUGAAAACGAAAAUCGACCACUCGGCGGCAUUAUUUUCCAAUCACACAUACGUGCGCUACAUUAUGCCGCAUAUAAAGAAAAUGUUUCGUUUGCGUGAUGCGCAAAUACGUUUAAUAUUGCUCGAGUAUUUUAUGGAAUUUGUACGCUUACUUUCAAAAGAAGAACUUCUAGAGUGUAUACUACCUUAUUUGCUAGAAGGUAUGAAUGAUACGAACGAUGUGCUAGUUGCGAAGACACUACGUUGUAUGGCUGAUUUAGUACCCAUACUUGGUGCAUCCACAGUAAUUGCUGGGAAUCGUACGCGCAUCUUCUCCGAUGGUCGUCCACAUGCAGCUGUUUCAGAUGCCACAACACACUGGGUGGAACCACGUUCCAUUACGCCAGUGAUGGGUAACAACAUAGACUACAUGGUAUCAGAUAGUCCACUGCCAGAUCACGUGGAUUUGAGUAGCAGUUUUAAUUCACUGCCGCAGGUCGAAUUGAGUGAGACCUCCGAUAUGCCACCACGUUUAAGUCCAGACGGUGGUGAAGAUAAUAAAAGUGUUGUUAUUGGAGACGGUGUAAUUGGUGGCUUAACUCAACAACAAGAAGAUGAUGUGGAAAAUACGAAUGAAACGAUAGAAGAGCUAGAAAUGCUCACCAACAGUGAUGCAGCGGUUUUAAUUAAUCAAAGUGUUAACCAUAAUAUAAAUACCAGCUUAGACUUGUGUAUAGAUAAACCAAGCGCGAACGGAGAAGACGUUGAAAAGGCGUCCAUUAAUGAUUUUCACUGUCACAACGUUGUUGAAAAUGGCGAUGAUGAUGAAAUUGAAGAAUGGUCCGAUUGGGAAACAGAUGAAUUACAAAAACUUAAUCAAACCACAGAAGCUGAUGCGUCGACUACUGCGCAUACAAUACAGACAGCUUCACAUCAACUUUCAACCACACUGCCUUUGAAUAAUGUUGAAGCUGCAGCGCUGCCAGCAAAAUCCAAAAAUGUGAGUGAUAAUAAAUUAGAGGCAAAUAGCAAAGCGGAGCGGAGUAAACUAAAAAUCAACGAUGAUCUCAACGCAUUCGACAUCAUUGUGCAAAAGACGGCGACGACAACGAAUGAGCAGAGUGCUGAGUUCGACUUCUUUAAAGACAUGGAACCCGUUAUCGCGUCAAAAAGCAACAAAAUAAUGGACACAGGGAUUUUAACAACAAAUUCAACUUCAACUACAACGAAAUUGCCAAAUAAAAAUGAAAAUGAAGUUAUCGUAAUCGAUAAUAGUCGAUUUGCCGCAGUGACAAUGCAUGCGGAUGAUAUUGCGGCCGGUGGUGACGGCUGGGGCAUGGACGAUGAUGUGGAGGAUGUGUGGAAGGAAUAAUACGUUGCUUAACGCGUCUAAUGUUUUGCAAUGUCAAAAAUGUAAACAGUGUCCACAAAUGUCGGCAGUUUACAAGAAAGUUGAAUCUUGUUAAAAUUGUGCAUAUGUUAAUUUUGUAUUUAGUUAAACAAGCAAUGCGCCUGUAAAAAGUGCACGGAUAUAAUUUGUCACUUUAAAAUAAUGCGUUUUGGUGGCAUUACCACUAAUCCACUUGAUUGAUAUUUGUAUUAUUGCUUUCAAAUUAACGGAAAAGUUAAAGAUGUUUCAACCACACGAAAAAACAUUGCUGUAGAUACAUUCAUUUUAGUAAAAGUAAAGUGAAUCAAAAUAAGUAUAUAAAUUUGACCAAUUAAAAAACAUUAAAAGAAUUAGUAAAUUGGUAUUUUACCAUGAAAAAAA